AUGCCAAAAAAUAAAGGAAAGGGAGGUAAAAAUAGAAGAAGAGGUAAAAAUGAAAAUGAAUCUGAGAAAAGAGAACUUGUAUUUAAAGAAGAUGGUCAAGAAUAUGCACAAGUUAUAAAAAUGCUUGGAAAUGGUCGCUUGGAAGCACAAUGUUUUGAUGGAGAAAAACGUUUAGCACACAUUCGUGGUAAACUACGGAAAAAAGUUUGGAUUAAUCAAGGAGAUAUUAUCUUGAUUUCGCUUCGUGAUUAUCAAGAUUCCAAAGCUGAUGUUAUUUUAAAAUAUACAACUGAAGAAGCAAGGAACUUAAAAGCAUAUGGAGAAUUGCCAGAAAAUGCGAAAAUCAAUGAGACAGAUACCUUUGGACCAGAAGAUGAAGAAUGUAACUUUGAAUUUGAUGUUGACGAGAUGGAAGAAUAUCCGGACAAAAAUAAGGAAGGAUAUGACAUGUUCAACUUAAAUAAUGGUUGUAAAUGGAUCACAAGAGAACUUGUAUUUAAAGAAGAUGGUCAAGAAUAUGCACAAGUUAUAAAAAUGCUUGGAAAUGGUCGCUUGGAAGCACAAUGUUUUGAUGGAGAAAAACGUUUAGCACACAUUCGUGGUAAACUACGGAAAAAAGUUUGGAUUAAUCAAGGAGAUAUUAUCUUGAUUUCGCUUCGUGAUUAUCAAGAUUCCAAAGCUGAUGUUAUUUUAAAAUAUACAACUGAAGAAGCAAGGAACUUAAAAGCAUAUGGAGAAUUGCCAGAAAAUGCGAAAAUCAAUGAGACAGAUACCUUUGGACCAGAAGAUGAAGAAUGUAACUUUGAAUUUGAUGUUGACGAGAUUUAA